AUGAUUCUUGAUUCCGCUGCAACUGACCUACUUCGGACAGGAGCACCAUAUUCGCCCCUCCAUCUUGCAGCAUAUAAUGGUCAUGAACAGGCUUUAAAUGUACUUCUAGGUUAUAUUAUGAAUCUAGAUAUCUGUGAUAUGAAUGGACGUACAAUGCUGGACUUGGCCUGCUUUCGUGGUCACACUGAAUGUGUAAAUAUUUUGUUACAAAACCGAGCCAGCAUAUUGGUACAUGAUUCGGUAGUUGGCAGAACCCCACUCCAUGCGGCUGCUGCCAAUGGCCAUACAGACUGCUUACGGGUACUUUUGGAAGCUGCAGAGGAUAGUAAUAUUGUGGAUUGUACAGAUGAUAAUGACAGGACGCCACUCAUGUUAGCUGUAGCAAAUGGACAUCUAGAUGCUGUGUUAAGCCUGAUAACUUCUGGUGCUAUUGUCAACAAUAAAGAUAUAAAUGGACGGACGGCUUUACAUCGUGGGGCUGCAAAUGGACAUGAAGAAUGUGUCGAUGCCUUACUACACAAUGGGGCUGAGAUCAAUGCAAAAGACAUCAAAGGAAGAACACCCCUCCAUUUUGCCUCCAUGUGUGGCCAUGUAGGCAUGUUAGGAACAUUAUUACAGGUGGGACCUUUAGGUGAUCAAGAAGACAACAAAGGUUUCACUCCCCUCAGCUGGGCAUGUUAUAAUGGCCAUGAUAAUUGUAUAGAACUCCUGCUUGAACAUACGAAAAUGGCCAGUAGCAAAACAUUAUUCACCCCUCUUCAUUGUGCUGUCAUUAAUGGAAAUGAAUCUUGUGUGGAGGUGUUGAUAGACAAAUUAGGUGAUAAAAUUGUGAAAGCAACAGAUGCCAAGGGCAGGACUCCACUUCAUGCAGCUGCUUUUGGUGAUCACUAUGAAUGCAUGCAAAUACUGUUGAACCACGGAGCAGAUUGCAACUGUUCUGAUCGUAUGGGGCGUACCCCAAUCACCCUUGCUGCUGCCAAUGGUCACUCAACAGUCGUAGAAUUAUUAUUGGAAAAUGGAGCAGAUCUCUCUCUGGUAGAUGAUGACAAAAAUACUCCUCUUCACCAUGCCUGUAUAAAUCAUCAUGACAGUGUGGCUCUGCAACUUUUAGAGAAAAUUGAUGAUUCAACAACUGUAAAUAUUGCAAACACACAACUCAAAAUACCAUUACAUAUUGCUGCCAGAAAUGGUUUGGUCCCCAUCGUUCAGGAAUUGUUAUUAAAAGGUUCCAGCGUUAUGGCCUUAGAUGAAAAUGGUUACACUGCAGCCUUGUCAUGCGCCCCCAACAGCCAAGUGGCAGACUGUCUAGCGAUCAUUCUAAACCAUAUGAUGCCUUUCCAAUCUUUAAAUAAUUCCUCCAGUUAUAGACUCAGUCGUUCAAGUCUUGGGCUACCAAGAAGUGCUGACUGUGGAGAUAGUCCAGUAGGGAGCAUACAUGAUGGACGAGACCAUAAUUUUCACUUAAAUGUAGAGACUUUUGUGCUUUCUUUCUUUCUCUCUCUCUCUCUCUCUCUCUCCGUCCGUGAAGAGUGA